AUGGCCAAUUACUCGGCCCCGGUCGAGGGUAUCACAGGCGGGUACACGGGCGACAGCCUAGCGAUCCAGGCUAUCAUCGCCACAUUCCUCGCCGGCGCACUAUACAGUGCACUGGAACUCCUUAUUCUCAUCUUUUUCUCCUUCCAUGUCUACCACGGCCUCUACUUCUGGAGUCUGCUUCUCUCUACGGCGCUGGGUAUCGUCCCGCAGGCGAUUGGCCUGCUGCUGAAAUACUUCCAGCUCGCACCGAUUUGGAUCCCCGUUACGUUGUCAACGGCUGGUUGGGCGAUUAUGGUGACUGGUCAGUCGGUGGUGCUGUACUCGCGUCUUCAUCUCAUCGUGCGCAGUCGAUAUAUCCUCCGCUUUGUACGGUAUAUGAUUAUCCUCGACGCGAUUGUGCUGCAAAUCCCACAAAUCAUCCUCUCGUAUGGCGCUGUCUACGCCGGGCCGGGCUUCUCGCACAUGUACAAUAUCUGGGCCAAGGUCCAACUCACGGGAUUCUUCGUGCAAGAGAUCAUCAUCUCGAGUAUCUUCAUCGUGCAGGCGUUCUGGUUACUCCGUAUCCAUCCUCACCGGAGUGGGCGACGAAAAGCCAUCAUGGAGCAGCUGUUGGUGAUUAAUGCGGUAAUUAUUCUGAUGGAUAUUUCGUUGUUGGUACUGGAGUAUCUGGAUUUGUUUAUCCUGCAGACGGUGCUGAAGACGUUUUUUUAUACGGUCAAGUUGAAGUUGGAGUUUGCGGUGUUGUCAAGGUUGGUUUCGUUUGUGCAUUAUGAUUACGAGCAGGACUCGUCGACGUUUAGUUAA